UAAUCGUAAACAGAGAGCACCACAGUCUCGAGUCUCGACCCGGCCCCACCCGUCGGAUUCCCCAGCACCCGCCGCAGCAGCUCCAAAAUUUCCUCAUCCGAAACCCUCGCCGCAUCCGCCCACCAUGCCGCCGCCGCCGCCAGCGCUGCCGGACGAGCUCCUCGAGGAGGUCUUCUUCCGCCUCCCGCCGGACGAGCCCGAGUACCUCCUGCGCGCCUCCCUCGUCAGCAAGGUCUGGCUCUCCCUCCUCUCCGACCCUGGCUUCCAUGCUCGCUAUCGCGACUUCCAUGGAGCUCCCCCCAUGCUCGGCUUCCUUUGUUCCUGGCUCCCCAACUCCGUCCACAAGGUGGAAGAUAACAUCCCGCACUUCUUCCCCACCACCAAAUUCCCUGCGCGCAUUCCCGACGACGACUGGGGGGGCUUCCACUACGCUGCGUGGGACUGCCGCCAUGGCCCCAUUCGCUCGUCGUUUGGGACCCCAUGA